GAUGAUUGUGAGGUUUGCUGUGUCUUGUUAAUUACUGUAUCCUGUUUACAGGUGAGUUGAACAGUAAAUUUGAGCCAGGUAAGUGACGUAAACAAUGUAAACAUGUCAUCAGACGAUGUAAUCCUCAGUAAUGACUCAUGAGGCUGUUGUUAAAACACCCGGAAACAACGGAGUCAUGCAAUUUUCACGCUCAAUGACGUCAUAUAUCGCCAGUCAGGUCAUGUUAGCCCCUUGAAUGUUUUUAUAAGACUUUAAUAUACUAGGGCGACCAGUACAGAGUGUACCCGGCCUCUCGCCGGAAGUUACCUGGAUGGAUGUAGUAUGGGGUAAAAUGUAUAAUAUUGAAACUAGAUUCCGUAAUGCCACCGGAGCCGACGCUAACUGUUAGUAACUAGACGGAAAAACGAGCUAUUCGUGCUUAGGCAAUGCACACUAACCCACCUGCAACAAGUGCUUGGAGGUGAUUUUGUGCAAGUAACGUAUUUUAAGUCUCGACAGAGGAACACAGAGCCAGAGACUCUUUUUAAACUUUAUUUAUGAUCUUAAUAAGCCAACAAUAGUUCCGAGACCGCACACAUAUUCAAUGUUGCUAACUUUUCAGUCAGAAAAGUAGCUAUUGGCUGUCCUAGAAGUCUCAUUUGCAUAUAAUUUGCAUAUAAUGUUGUAAAACGCUGUAGGAAAAAUGCAAAAUCUCGUAGGAGAGACAAAAAUGUGAGUAAAAACACCUUAAUUAUGUUUAGAACUUCAAAUAAUUGAUUCUUGGUUUGUUAAUUUAAAAUUGUCCUUCAUUUCAUCAAAAAUAAAAUAAUAUUUUAUCUAGUCCAGCGCCUCUCAAAGUUCUCCCAUCACACGGUAGCAGUUGAGGACUUUGUAAAAUUAGCUCAAUUGAACAGCGAAUAACAGAUUAUGCUGGGUUUAUUCUAUGGCUCACAUUAACAUGACAGAUGUGGUUCGUGAGUAGCACACUCUUCUGGUGAAUAUAUGUAAUAGCAAUGAAUUUGCACUUUGGAUGCCCAGAGCUCCACAUCACCACCUGCCGCUGCUCAGUAAGAACACAAAAUGCAGAACAAUACGUGCUUUCACCAUAUUAGAAAACUCCCGAGCCUGCCACUACCAAAUGCAGAAAAACUUGUUCAUGCUUCCGUGACCUCCAGGUUGGAUUAUUGUAACUUCUUGUUAAUCGGGUGCCCUAAGCAAUCUUUAAAGACCCUUCAGUUAUUCCAAAAUGCCACGCACGAGUCUUAACCGGUACCAGAAAAAGAGAUCAUAUCUCAUAUGUAUUAGCCUCACUGCACUCGUUAACUGUCAGAUUUAGAAUUGAGUUUAAAAUUAUCCUUCUUACAUAUAAAGCACUACACGGUCAGGCACCAGUAUAUCUUAAAGAGCUCCUGGAACCCUAUCAACCCCGUAGAACACUUCACUCCCAGAAUUUACAAUUACUUGGCACUCCUAGAAUCUCCCAAUUUAAAAGUAAACUCAAAACUCAUCUCUUUGCUAAAACAUAUAGUUAGAACUGACUAUUGUUUUUGUAUUUGUUUUUAUAUCUCAAUCCAACCGGUCGAGACAGACGCCCGCCCCACAGAGCCUGGUUUCUGUCCAAGGUUUUUUCCCCAGAGGGAGUUUUUCCUUGCCGCCGUCACCAAGUGCUUGCUCACGUGUGGUUUCAGUUGGUUCUCUGUUUUCAUUUAUGAACGUGACAUUGAUGUGUAAAGUGCCAUGAGAUAACAGCUAUUGUGAUUUGGCGCUAUAUAAAUUGAAAUUAAUUGAAAAUGGCUAAAAAUGCUACUAUGCUAAUGUUAGCAUGCUAGCAAUGGUAACAUGCGAACAUUAGCAUGCAAACACAUAGCAUAAUAGAGCCAAGUGUUUAUAUGUGUGUCUAGCUAUGAAAAUGGCAAAAAAUGCUACUAUGUUAAUGUUAGCAUGCUAGCAAUGCUAACAUGCUAAUAUUAGCAUACUAGCACCAAGCAUGAUAGUGCUGAUAGUGCUAAGUCUUUAUAAAAGUAUCUACCUAUGAAAAUGGCUAAAAUGUCACCAGUGCUGUACAUUGGCCUGGAGUACGGCCUGACCAACAACUUCAAGCUGGCGGAGCUCUUCUUCACCCAAGAGCUGAGUAACACUCCAGAGGACCCGUUCCUUGAUGCCAUGGAGAAGAUAAAAGCCAUCGGGAAUGAGAUGACCUUUUAUGCGUCAAGCAAUGUGACGCUGCUGUUUGACUUCUGGAAUGUGAACAGCCCUGGAGGUAUGGUCCUAUCUGUGGUAGUAGUCAUGCUGCUGACAGUCUUCUACGAGUUGCUCAAAGUGUGGCGAGUGUGGCUUAGCACGAGCACGUUUGCUCACCAUUCUUCUUAUACGGCGGGCCCGCCGUCCCACCACAGCGACAGUGUUUCCGUGCUGGAAAACAACCCCUCGGAAGCUUCGCUCACAGAGGGACACCAUUCUUUUCCAAGCACCAGGGGCCGAUGGUUGAGACACGGGAUCCAGACGCUGCUCCACAUGCUGCAGGUGGCUUUGGGCUACAUGCUGAUGCUGUGCGUCAUGUCCUACAACACCUGGAUCUUCCUCGGCAUCAUUGUUGGUUCUUCAUUGGGCUAUUUCAUCUCAUUCCCUCUGCUGCGUCAGCAUUGAUGGACCGUUACGGCUCAGCAGCUCAGAUUUGGUUGUUUUUUGUUUUGUUUUGUUUUGUUUUCAGAAUUAAAAGGAUAAAGUGCCCAUAAAAAUAUGUGGAAAUCCUCUUGAAAGAGCAGUUUUCAUGCCUGCAGGCCUUUAUAAAUGAUCACAGAGCCCAUAUGAAGCAUUACAUAUCUCAGGAUGAAAUUGUAUUUUUAUGGUUCUGUGUGGGCGCCAUACUCUAAUUCAGGUUAUCAUGUUUGCAUCACUGUUUGGGAAAGCUUUUUUUUUUUUUAUUAAGCGUACAUGAUUUACUGUGCUUGGAAUUGUGAAGUAUGGUCUAUGCCAAUUCAGAAAAUGUACAACACAAUGGUGAAAUGCACAAAUUAUUUACAGCAAAGGGAUAGCUGGGGAAAUCAUUUUGACCAUUACUUUUCAUACACAUUAACUUUGUAGAUGAUUCUUUGUAAUAUUUGACACAAACCUGAGCACUAACCUUUUUGUUUGCUAAAAGAAGUGAAAGUUCGUUUCCUAUUAAUAAACAGGGUGAAUGUUUGUUAUAUAGUUGAUCAUAUAAAAAAAAUAAUAAAAAUGUGCAAUGUUUUAAUUUGUUGUUUUAACACAUUUUGCUAUAUUCAAAGUGAGGCCUUAAAGUACCCCUCUACUCGGCACUAACAAUUGAAAAUCAUAAGUAGUAGAUGUAAAACCUACAUCAAUAAAAAGAACUUUAUCGUAUUAACAUACUGUAAU